AUGAUGAACCGGUUCCGCAAGAAUAAGAAGGUGAAGGACACCUUAGGGGGUCUCGAGGGGGAGUCACCAACAUUCGGCUUAAAGGGAUCCAAGAAGAAAGAUGUGCAGGAACCCAAACCCGACUUCGACCUCUCAGCCGCCCUCCCCUCAACAGAUGACUUCCGCACCAGUCUGCUAAUGCCGAAGCUGUCGGCUCGGUUUAGCAUGCUGAAGGAACAGGAUGACCCGCUCUCAUUACUCGGCAAGGCGAGUGACGACAGCGUGUUGUUUCCCAAACGCGCCUCAAGAUUGAAUCUGUUCGGCCACAACCCUAAUAUGCUCGCGGAUAUCGAUGAAUGCUCCUCCAACGACGGGAGCAGACCCUCCAUGGCCCUCGGCCGCACGGAUUCAUUCGCCUCUGGGGGAGAUGGAUACGGCACAGACGAUGACCGAUCACAAGCCGGGAGUAUGAUGAGCAGAGGACGUCGGGCGGAAGGCAAUAACCUGUUUGGGGGUCGCCAGAAGGUGUAUAAGAUCCCGGUUCGAGGCCCGGGGGGACCUACCGGUGCGCCAGAGAGCGGUAGUCGGGGAAUGGGGAAGCCGGUAUAUGAACACGACAUGAAUCUUUCGGCUUUUCAGCGAAUGCGUCUUAAGGAGAAGGAAGAGAGGACUGCGGAGGAGGCGCGCGAGGCUGCUGCUCGGGAAUCAGAAUACGCUCCUUCGACUGUCUCAUCGAACGACCGGACGACAUAUUCCUCUACUGCCUCCGGACCUUUGUCAAACGUUCACUCACUGACUCCCGCGACGUCGGUCGACGAGUCACCUUUAAGCGCAUCAUCACAGCCUCCAGCGGUUGGGUAUCCAUUCCCAGAAACUGAGCCCCAUCGGUCUGGCUCUGCCAUGUCUAACCCCAAAACUGGCUCGGUUCGAUCCCGUCGACUUUAUGGCCAGGGAUUGACUCAGGCAGCCCAGAACCAGCAGACCUCGACUCUGCAUCGCCUGGAGAGUCUGAGCCGCCAGCGUGCAGGAACGCCUGACCUUCCUUCUUUGAACCGCAACUACUCUCGGAGUGCGAGCAACCUGCGUGAUCGCCUGCAGAAGCUUGCGAUUAAUGAGCCAGCUUCGACUUCUCCUACCAGCCCACCUUCGUCCGCGACAUCUCCCAAGCCUCGCAUUUCCGGAGAGACUUCUGUGAAGGAUCGCCUCUCACCAACAGCAGCAACUUUCGGAGCUGCUCCUCCAUUGAGCCCUCCUUCCAGCGAGGCUGAGGAUGUUACCGCCCUUCUGGCUGCUUCAAUUCACCCCGAAGACCAUGGUAAGGCCACUGCCAUGGGCUUGUUCAACCGCCCUGCCACAGGAUUCGACGAGCAAGCAUUCUCCCGUCGUCAGCUUCAGAUGCACCAAGGACGAGAUACCCCGCCGCCGCGAAGGGCAUCACCCCCCCGCCGGCCUCUGCCCGCAGAGCCUGUCAGCAACCGCCCACGAGGACUGUCCAAAUCCAGCUACCGCUCUAGAGCCGAGUCCGCUUCUUCCCACUACAGCAGUGAGGCGCACCGUGGUGUUGAUCACUCCCGCGCCUCCAGCACCGAGGCUUCCCCCUAUAUUCCUGGAGCGAAGACUUUCUAUGCCAACUCGACUGCCAGCGACUCGGGGGAUGAAGGCGAUGAUCGCCGCUCGCACGACCUCUCAUCGGCCACAUCUUUGGCAACAGAGUAUGGCCAGUCGAUCCAGCGUUCUAGCGUGGCAUCUAACGCCCCAUCCACCCAAGCCAAGGAUCACCUCGAAACUCUUCCAGAAGUGAGAUACUCGGAUCUAGGCGACCUCAAGCCCAUUGAGGAGAAUGAAACUUUUGAUGCCGUUUCCCCGCACGAAGCUGUCCCGACGAGAGCUGAUUCCCCGACUAUCCAGGCAGACCCAGGUUUCGGUGGGAUGGGCGGAAUGGUUCGCUCUCACCUUCGCCAGCAAAGUGAUCGAUCCUCCAUCUUCCCUCUACCCUCGCCUCGUCUUCCUGAGCAUCAGCCGGAUGAGACUGUGCCAAAGGAAACCGACCAGCCAAUUCACACUUCUAUGCCACAAUCCCGUGAAGAUUCUCGGCCGUCAUCAGCUGCACGUCCCAGUACAGCAAGCUCGCAGGCUCCCUCAAGUCAUUUCGCAGAGGGAGCUGGUUCCCGCAACAGCCAGGACUCUUCUGCCCCUGGCACUAUUGGGGACAGCGGUUCCGCGUCGAAGACUCCAUCAUGGAAAGAGGAAAUGGCAUCAUUCUCCCAUCGCCGUGACGGAAGCACCGACACCCAGAAGGAGCGCGAGGAGUUCGCCAUUGAACUGGCCGAACGACGCAGAAAAGUGCAGGAGAAGCUACGAAGCGUUGCCGAGAGCGAGAGCAGAUCCAGCAGCCCUACUCCUGGCCGUUCAACCCCCGACUUCACCAGAACUGGAAACGCAUUCGCUCUCUUGAAGCACAAGGCCAGCAAGCAAGCCACGCCCAAGCCAGACCAGAAAAAGCUGUUUGGCUACAACAACUCGUCCUCCCCCGCCCUUGCUUCGGAUGACUCGUGGCGAGAGGAACGUCCCUCUUUCAGCUUUGGCCAGCACUCCAACUCUAGCUCUCCCCAAGUUGGAGAGCGUUCGUUCAGAUCCCGUAUGCCAACUCUCAGCCGUAACAACAGCCACGAGGAAUCACGCGAGUCCAGCCGCAGCCGUGGGCCAUCCCCACACGGGGGCUUCCGAUCCCAGAGAGACCGUUCAGGCUCUGAUGCAUCUGGCCGCUCCAAGAGCCGGACCAGAUACCGCGAGCGGGAUGAUCUCCAGACCGUGGAGGAGGGGUCCGUAAUUGCGCACGAUAACUUCGUUGUUCCUGAAGGCUUCGAGCCUCCCAUGCCCAUUUCUCUCCCCGCUUCCAACCGCCCAUCCGUUGAGAUGACGGAGCCAUUGAACUUUGACCGUGCUCCCUCUGCCGCCUCGGGCAGAUACCGCAGCACCAGCCGUUCAGGCACCCCGAGCUUCCAGUACGAGCGUCCGUUCCAUUUCUCCAACUCCAACGCAUCCUCAGUCAUCGGCGCCUCGCCCCGGCCCUCACCUGCUGCACCCCCCUACUCUGCGAACGCAACUCCUCCUCUGAACGAGGUCCCAGCCGACGCCUCAUCCACGUCUCUAGCUUCCGCAGCCAGUUCUUUCCACACAACACCCCAACGUGCCCCAGGACACACCUCCCUCCUCAAGCGCCCGGUGAACAAGAAGCAAAUCUCAGAGCCGACAUUCGUCUCUUCAACAUCCAACGUCCCCCUUGUCGGCCUCCAGUCUCAAUCCGGCGGCGCACCACCCCUUCCCCCGAUGAACCCCCGCCGUCGCCGCGGCACAGCAACCCAAACAAUCCUGGGUGCCUUCAAGAGCGACAAGCACGACUCGUCGCGGGUUGCAUCGCCAGCUCCCAGCACUAUGGAGGAGCAAAGCGUCUUCCCGGACGAUGAAUCCCGUCCCCGCUCUCGCAAUCGUCUUCGCAAGGCUUCCAGUGAGAGUGGUAACCUGAACGCGCGGGCGCGCCAGGAAUCUCGGUCCGGGUCUCCGCCUGCUGUCCCUCAAUACCCUCCUCCUGCCAUCCCUGUUGAUGGUGGCAUGUUCUAA